ACUAUUGCUACUACUGUUGCUAGUACUACUGCUACUCCUACUGCUGCUGCUCCUCCUGCUACUACUACUGCUGCUGCUCCACCAGCUGCUACUGCUGCCCCUACUCCUUCUGCUGCUGCUACUGCUGCCCCUACUCCUUCUGCUUCUGCUGCUUCUGCUGCUGCUACUCCUGCUGCUGCUGCCCCUACUCCUUCUGCUGCCCCUGCUCCUUCUGCUGCUUCUCCUGCUUCUGCUGCUUCAGCUGCUGCUACUGCUGCCCCUACUUCUGCUGCUUCUGCUGCUGCUACUGCUGCCCCUACUCCUUCUUCGUUCUUUUUCUGCAUUUGCUAA